AUGCGUGCUUUCGCGGUCGUGCUCGGUGCAAUGGCGGCCGCCGUCGUUGCUCACCCAGCCUCCUUCAGUUGGCUCAAGGGCUAUCAUCCUGACGCUUGCGGAGGGCUCAUCGACUUCAAAGAUGACUUUCGUGUCAUCUAUGAUCACCGCGGCGCGUGUAUCCAGAUCGACAGGCCUGUCUUCAAUUUUGCUGUCGAGGAGAAUUUCAUCUGCACGUUCUUCUCAGAUGUCGAGUGCACUCGUCUUGGUCUUGUUCAUCAUGCGGAGGGCCCCGAAGCCGGUACCUUUCUCGACAAGGUCGUAGCCUACCAGUGUGCCAAGGCUACCGAGUGGCCUCAUGUUUACAGGGCCGCAGAGGAGGUUCCGGCAAAGACUGCCUCGAUCCACUCUUUCGAGCCCAUGGAGCUCGUUCUACGCAACGUACAGGUCUCUUAUCAAGGUCCCUACACUACUAGCUCCACGGUCUGGGCGAACCCUUUCAGAACUGAUGAUAUCACCGACGAGGUUACUUCCUAUGUGACGACAAGCCCAACUUGGACUUCAAAGUCGACCCUCACAACCUCUACCCACCAACGGUUUACCGCUCCUGACCCAGAUCCAACUAUUGACCCUCACCCCUUUGAAAGGGUGUCUUCCGGCGAUUCCCAGAUCCCGACCAUAGUUGGCCGUUCUGUCUACCCCGAGAUCUCAAUUCUGCCAAUCUCCGAUGAUAUCUCUUCCGACUGGCUCCACCCAGUUCCUGACACCAGUGCGGACUUCACCAUUCUGCCAAUAACCACCGAUAUCUUGACCUACGACUUGUUCAGCCCAACCCCCACAACCCCUAACGGAGAUAUCACAAUUCUACCAAUAUCCACCGAUGCCUACGACAACUUGCACUACUCCUACAUUUGGACUGAUGUCAGUCUCCCCAACUUCCCUGACCUCUCUACCGGCUGGGUCAACCCUGUUAUCACAACCGCAGAUGAUGUUACAAUUCUACCGACGAACGCUGAUACCUCCUUCAACUGGCUCGGCCCAGUCCCUACAACCACGGACGAUUUCUUCGAUACCCCAAUUACACCACUAUACCCUGAUUACUCCGUCGACUGGUUUGAUCUUGUUCCAACGGCUACCCCUGCAGAUCACCGCAUUGUGCCAGUCCCUAGAUCCCUCACCGCAGUCUUCGUCCCAGAUACCGAAAGUCGGGAUCCAAUUAUCAUCUCCCUUCCGACUACUGUGAUCACUCUCUAAGCUUCGUGCAUCACCCUUAUAUUGAAGCUUGAUCCCCGAUGUUCUGGAAAGAUCGGAUUGUGAAGAUGGACAUGGCUCAAGAUUGGGGGGUUUAUACCGGAGAACGCCAGUGUUUGAAACGUGAUGGAUAACGAAUCAAGUACACAGGCGUUGGAGGAGGUCUAGUGUCGAGAGCAAAUGCCCUUUUCUAAGUUUCUCAUGUAGAUAAAAUCCCAAAAAUAUGACUUUUCUUUCACCGCUCCAAUGCCUUUCGUAGAUUAGCAAAACAGGUACCUCCUUUGGAAGUGUUAUGUUAUUCAGUAUUGCGCCGCCGAUCACCGUGAUGGUUAUUUGUCAACGAGCAAGAUGAAGCUGGCUAAGAGGUUCAGCGCAUCAAGAUAGGACCCAUUCAGUAGAUUUAGA